CCCCGGCACCCACCCUUUCUCCGUUGGGAAGGAAACGCGACCCAGCCCGCGCGCCGAACCAGACCCACCCUAAACCCCCGUCGAGGUCGAGUCGUCGUCGUCGUCUCGGCGCGAGCCGCGCGAUGCCUCCGUCGAAGCCCAAGCGGCGGCGCGGCGGCGCCUCCUCACGCGGCCGGAAGAAGCAGAAGCGUCUCGACGCGAUCCACGACGUCGCGCCGCCGCCACCUCCCCCGGCUCCCCUUGGCGUCGGCGGCGGCGGCGCGGUCGACGACGAUUCCGACGCCGAGGGCAUCCGCCGCAGCACGCGGCUGCGCCGCGCGCCGGUCGUCCUCGACACGUCGCCGCUCCCUUCGCCCCGCCGCAAGAGGCCUCGCCGCGGCGGCGCGGUGGGCGCGAGCGGGAGCUCGCGGAAGGGGCGCCGGGGCAGGGCGCGGGACGAGGCGGAUGCCGGGGGGAUGGAGGAUGAGGAGGAGGAGGAGGACUACGAGGGUAGUGUGGCGUGGCGCUCGCGGCUGAGGGAUAGGGUUAAGGGAAAGGCCAAGCUGGAGGGGCGGGCAAGGAGCCUGUGGUUCGAAGAUGAAGAGUACGGGGACGAGGAGGAGGAGGCGGAGGAGGAGGAGGACGAAGAAGAAGACGAGGCCAGGAUGCUGGUGGUGGACGUUCGCGAGAGGGCUGAGGACGACGAGGUGAGCGAGGAGAGUGGGGGUUUGCAGUCGCAAGGGAGGGAACUGACGGAUAGAGAGAUCAAUUUAACAAUCGAUUUGAAUGUAGACUCACACGAGGCCGUGGAGGGCGUCAAUGUAGUAGAAAAGGAAGAGGGAGAAAAAGGAGAGAAGGUUGGGGAAGAAGCAGUGUCAGCAGAGCAAGAGGAAGAGGAGGAAGGACCAACAGUAGGUGCUAGAAAUGAUCUAGAAGAAGGCAAGGGAGAGGAAAUGGUGACAGAGAAGGGUUUGCAGCGGGAGGAGAAAAUUGAAGAGUUGGAAUUGCCUGUAUCGGUAGGAAACGUUAGCAAUGAGUUACCUUGUGAUGAGAGCAAUGAGGAGGUUAGGGUCAGCAAUUCAGGCGGAACUGAGCAGCUUGACAUGCAAAGUGAACAGAUUACAGAAGAGAGCAACCUUCCUGCUGAGCAGCAAAUGCAACUGGACCCAUCUGGUCCUGCUGAGCAAGAGGAAGAGGUCCAUCAGGAUGAACAGAUGGGUCAUGUCCCAGAUGUGAUACUGGCUAAGGAUGGACCAAAGGAGAGGAUGCGGAAAUCUCCCAUUUCAGAUGAAAAACGGGGGGCUAAGGUGGUCAAAGAAGGGAGGAGGUGUGGGCUCUGUGGUGGAGGGACUGAUGGGAGACCACCUAAGAUUGCAUUGCAUGAUUCUGUUGACAGUGAGAAUGAAGCCUACGAGGGGGCUUUGCCUUCAGAAGAGCCCAACUAUGAUAUUUGGGAUGGAUUUGGUGAUGAUCCUGGAUGGCUUGGGAGGUUGUUGGGUCCAAUUCAUGACCGUUUUGGCAUUGCACGUGUCUGGGUUCAUCAGAACUGCGCUGUUUGGAGUCCUGAGGUUUACUUUGCUGGUUUGGGGUGUCUAAGAAAUGUAAGAGCUGCGCUUUGCCGUGGAAGGCUUCUGAAAUGCAGUCGAUGCGGCAGACCUGGAGCGACUAUCGGGUGUCGCGUUGAUCGUUGCCCGAAAACCUACCAUUUGCCGUGUAGUCGAGCAGAAGCCUGUAUAUUUGAUCACCGGAAGUUUCUUAUAGCUUGCAACGAUCAUCGUCAUCUCUUCCAACCCCAAGGAGAUAAGUAUGUUGAAUUGCUCAGAAAAAUGAAGAUAAAAAAGAUGAAGGCAGAUAUCAGAAAGCUGUCACACGAUGCAUGGAGAAAGGACAGAGAGGCUGAGGAAAAAUGGUUGGAGAACUGUGGGGAGGAUGAAGAGUUCUUAAAACGUGAGGGAAAAAGGCUAAACAGAGACCUUUUGCGCAUUGCACCUGUUUAUAUAGGAGGCUCCUCUGAAAAUGAAAAGUCAUAUUGUGGUUGGGAAUCUGUUGCUGGGCUCAGUGAUGUUAUUCAGAGCAUGAAGGAGGUGGUGAUACUACCUCUUCUCUAUCCUGAGUUCUUUAGCUCUUUAGGUCUUACACCUCCGAGAGGUGUUCUGCUGCAUGGCCACCCAGGUACCGGUAAAACACUUGUUGUGAGGGCACUAAUAGGGGCAUGUUCUCAAGGUAACAGAAGGAUUGCUUAUUUUGCUCGAAAAGGUGCUGAUUGUUUGGGUAAAUAUGUUGGUGACGCUGAGCGACAGUUAAGACUUCUAUUUCAGGUAGCUGAACGAUGUCAACCUUCUAUCAUAUUUUUUGAUGAGAUAGAUGGUUUAGCACCUUGUAGAUCCAGACAACAAGACCAGACACACAAUUCAGUUGUGGCAACUUUGCUUUCAUUGCUUGAUGGUUUGAAAUCAAGAGGCUCGGUUAUAGUGAUUGGGGCUACAAAUCGUCCUGAUGCUAUUGAUCCUGCUCUUAGGAGACCAGGAAGGUUUGAUCGUGAGAUAUACUUUCCACUUCCAACCUUUGAGGAUAGAUCUGCUAUUCUGUCACUGCAUACAAGAAACUGGCCAAGUCCUAUUUCAGGUGCAUUCCUGUCACUUAUUGCUACCCAAACUGUUGGAUAUGCUGGUGCUGAUCUGCAGGCAAUCUGCACACAAGCUGCAAUAAAUGCUUUGAAAAGAACCUGCCCGUUACAUGAGAUGUUGCGGUCUGCUGAGAAAGGAGUUGAGCAUGGGCGAGUUCCUUUACCAUCAGUUCUCGUGGAGGAAAGAGAUUGGUUAGCUGCUCUUGCAGCUGCUCCCCCACCCUGUUCACAAAGAGAAGCAGGGAUUGCUGCAAAUGAUCUAGUUUCCUCACCUCUAGAUUCCUGUCUUGUACCAAGUCUUCUUAAACCAUUGGUACACCUGCUUAUUUCUCUGUAUUUGGAUGAACGUGUAUGGUUACCUUCGUCCCUUCUUAAGGCAUCUGGCUCUAUUAAAGAAGUUGUGUUCUCAUCCAUGGAAAAGAAUAGUGUACCCCGCACUUUCUGGUCUACUUAUCUUAAUUCUUUGAUUCAGCAAAAAGAUAUUGCAAAUAGAAUUAAACCAAUCCUGUCAAGCUGUGGCCUAGUAUCUGCACAACUAGGAAGUCAUGAUUCAAUGUUGCCAAGCCAUGUUGAAACACAGGACAAUUUUUGUGGCAGCAGAUUAAAUUCCACUGGUUCUCAUAGGAAAGGAGGGUUACCACAUAAGUUAUUAGGGUUUCGAGUUUUAGUUGCUGGAGCACCCAGAUCAGGCCAGCAACACCUAAUUCGCUGCCUACUUCAUGGUUUUACGGGCCAGAUUGUAAUACACAAGCUUGAUCUCGCAACUAUGGCGCAGGAGGGAAAUGGUGAUAUUCUUAGUGGACUGACACAGAUUCUUUUAAAAUGCCUAAACCUUGGAAGGUGCAUCAUCUACAUGCCUAGAAUUGAUUUAUGGGCAGUUGAUAAGGUCCAUAGUCAGUUAGAAGAUAAUAUGCUCAAUAUGGGUACAAGUGAUUUAGCAUCCUCAACCACCAAUCACACAAGGAAAUGUUCUGAAGUUUGGAAUGCGUUGGUCGAACAGAUGGAUUCAUUGUUAGCUUCUGUAUCAAUAAGUGUUCUGUCCACUAGUGACGUGCGAUUUCAAGAUCUUCCUAGUGGAGUAAGAGGUUUCUUCAGCACACAUGUUGUGGAUCAAUGCUUUGCUUCUUCUGAACACACAAUUCCAAGAUUUUCUGUGAACAUUGACAGCCGCUCUAGUUGGGAUGAGAUGAUUGAUUCAUGUGCUUUUCGGUUAUCUCAUGACUUGAUUCAACAUCAUGUUCAAUUUCUGCAUGACAAAUCGCAUAAGAAUAAUCGCCAUGAACAGAAAGAAGUCUUUACUUCUAUGGAAAUCAGUAUACAUGGUGAAUCUAAAUCCAGUGAGAGUGAGCAACCCUUGUGUGGAGUUGCUUCUAGGGAGAAUCCAACUCAGCUGGCUGCAGGCAGAGCUCAACAAGAUCCACCACCAAAUAAUGCGAAAGAUAGCGUCGAGAAUGUUCAGAAACUUUUUGAGGACACAGUUCAAAGAUAUCCUUCUAGUAGGAUGGUAAAAGGCAACGAGUCACUUGCUAUUGUUGCUUUUGGAAUUCAGAUACUUCAGCACCCGCAGUUCUCUAAACUUUGUUGGGUUACCUCGAAGCUGCGGGAAGGACCCUGCACUGAUAUAAAUGGACCAUGGAAAGGCUGGCCAUUUAAUUCUUGUUUAUUGCAUACCAGUGCCUCACCUGAUAAGUCAGUAAACGGAGGAAACAAUGUUGUUGUUAAGGGCAAGGAAAAGACUCUCUAUGUGAGAGGGCUUGUUGCUGUUGGCUUAUUAGCUUAUAGAGGUGUCUACGAGUCUGUUAUUGAAGUCUGUGCUGAGGUGAGAAAGGUAUUGGAACUGUUUGUUGGACAGAUCCGAACUAAACUUUUGGAAAAGAGAAAUCGGUUUCGGUAUUUUCAUAUUCUGUCUCAAGUAGCUUAUCUGGAUGAUAUCGUGAACAGCUGGGCUUACACCUUUCAAAGAUUACAUGUUGGUAGCAGGACAGGAACAUCAGGUACAAAGAGUUCAUGCUCCAAAGAACAUCAAAGCUCUAGGCAUGCUGCAGAAACCAAUGUACAAGGUGCUCCUACUGGCAACUCUGCUGAGGUUGAAGACAUACCAGCCCAACACAUACAGGACCGUGAAGUUGUUCCUGGUCCUAAUGAGAUGCAAGACAAUCCAGUUCAGUGUACUGCAGAGCAAGUUGGAAUCCAUACUACGGUCUGUGACCUUGAUGAUGAUCAUGUGACAUCUAUAUCCUGCAAGGAUGCAGUGGAGCACAAUCUUAUUCAUUCAGCUUCACCAGAGGUGCAUAGGCGUAACCUUACACAUGCGGAUACAUCAGCAAAUGAUGGAGAAUGCAGUGGAGCAAACAACGAUGGGAAAGUGUCCGAUUUAACUUAUGAUGAAGAGAACCACAGGCCAGAUAUUCAAAGAUCUGAAAACCACACAGAAUCUGUUGAAUACUUAAGUGACCUGCAGAAGGCAGGAAAUUCUAUUGGAUCCUCUGCAAGCGCUGACAAUACAGAAAUACCAAGGAAGGUUGUUUCUUCCGAAGCUUGUGGUGAUGAUAAUGAGUUGAAGGAGAAUAAUCCUCUGAAUGAUGUGGAAUCAAGUCAUUUGAUUGAUGGUCAACUGGAAUAUGACAUGAAUAAUCUUUCAGUCCCAAAAUCUUCAUGUCUCUACAAAUGUUGCUCUCCAUGCUUUCGUGCUGUUUAUAAGAUGGUUCAUGGUACCCUAUCAAAUUCUCUAAGGUCUAAUCUGCAUUGCCUAACAGUUGAUGAUAUGCAUGACAUUCUGUCAUCAUGGUGCAUGAAUCUAUUAGCUACUGUUAGAAAAUGUUACAGCUCUCAAGAUGAGGUCAGCUGUGAAGAAAAUUUUGAAACAAAAACCUUCUUAGAGCAUUGUGCUUGUAAGAGUGAUCUUCGUCAUCUUUCAAGGGAGUGCAUAUGCCACUUGGAAAGCAAUGAGGGUACUGAAACUGCAAAUACUGAUUGCCUAUCGGGACAAAGUUUAAGUUUUUUCUUUAAGGAUGGUGUGUGGAUGCCAUCGAAUGUCACUGCAGAAACAACACUUCAUUGCAGCUUCAGGAGAUUCUGCAUUUGCUCGAUAUUAGGAACAAUUUCUAUGCUCAGUCAAUUCUCCAGUUGAUGAGAUUGUCUGAGGGAGAUAAAAAAGUACAGAGUUCUUUAAUGCUCUAGGUGCCACAGUUCUGAUUUUGCCCUGAGUUGGCUGUCUCCAGUUUUGCAAAUGUCUCAAGAUCAUCUGGAUAUCUUCUGUUGGUUUAUUGGAAUGUCACCCUUGAUGCAACUUACGAGCUUGCUCUUGUUGCAAAUGAAUUGCCUCUACCUGUUACGGUCAGUAGCGGAAUGUUGACUAUUGCAUUUUCUUCGCAGCCUGGUAUGUGAAGAGAAGCUAAGCUAUUCAUCUUCAGUUUUUCAAUGAAGUUACUCUGUUGUAGAGCAUGUACUGCUGGAAUCUGUAUGGUUAGCUGAUGAUUGAUGCUUUGUUACUUCUAAUUAUAUGAUGCAUUACAGCUAAGCCAUCGAGUUGAAACAAGGUUGGAUCUUAUAGCAUUUUAAGCUGUACAAUAAUACUCGUCACCGGUAUGCUUUCUAUUGAGCAACUAACAUCCAGCAUGAUGAAUCUUUGUAGUUAUGAAAACACUGUUUUAGAUGAAUGAGGUUGAAUUAUAUUUUGCAGUUGCUUCUAGGAAUGUAAACAAGUUUAGUAGAGGCUAUUGUCAAUGAAACAAAUUUCUAAUUGCUGUUUGUUGCAAUGGUA